UGCACCACCUGUCAACAAUAAACUGUUCAGUAGGGGGAGUGAAAUGGUAAAAGUGUAGUAGUUUCAUAGGAACAUCGAUUUAAGUUUGAAAAACAAAAAAUUGAAAAACGUGUACAUACCACAUGAUGUUACGUUCAAGAUCCCAGAUCAGUAUAUGGGAACAAGAAGCAAAAUUUGUGCAAGACAGAAUAUCUAACGUAGAGAGACACUUCGCAGAACUAUGCACGACAUUUGCAGCAUAUACAAGAAAAGCGGCAAGACUACGCGAUAAAGGUGAUGAAGUUGCGAAAGUAAUACAGACUUAUGCUCAAUCAGAAACUACAAAUCGAUCUCUUUCUAUGGGGUUAAUGAAUUUUUCUGCGACGCUAUCAGUAAUAGGAGACUACAGGGAUGCCAAAGUACAAAGGCUUGAUGCAAAAAUAAUUGCUCCGCUUUCUCAAUAUGCGACGAUCUGCAAACAUGCUCGCGAUGAUGUGAAAAAUACUUUUGCUGCACGUGACAAAGAAUUAACAAGGAAACGACAUUUAGACAGACUCAGAGAAAGAAAUCCUAGAAACAGACAAAUGAUUUCACAAGCCGAAUCGGAAUUAAUGAAAGCAUCCGUCGAAGUUUCAAGGGUUGUAAAAGGGUUGGAAGAACAAAUCGAUUCGUUCGAAAAACGAAAAUUACACGAUCUGAAAACAUUAUUGUUAGAUUUUGUUGUUAUCGAGCUUAGUUUCCACGCGAAAACUCUGGAAUUAUUGACAAAGGCUUAUCAAGAUAUUGCUGAAAUUGAUGAAGUUAAAGAUUUAGAGGACUUUCGAACAAUGAGAGGAAGUAUGAAUGGGGAAUUUCGGGAAGUGAUGCAUGUACCAGACUCCAUUGCAAGAUUGGCUACAGUUGGACGAACUUCAUUCAGACAGGCCUAUUCUCUCACUAACUUAGCUAGUCGUUUUACUUCUUCUCCCGUUAUUUCGCAAAAAUUAGAUUCCCGUGCUACAGGAUCCACGGAUUCUGCAAAAUCUAGUUUAAAAACAAACUCUUCAGAAUCUGUACAAAUUGAGGAAUACAAAGAUAGUUCAGAAGAAACAGAAUCUGAAUCGAUUAAACAGAAACCUAUUAAACUGCAAAAUAACUAUAAACAUGAUGUUCCAAGCCAAUUAGUACUUAAAGCAGUACCCCCUGUUCCUGCGUAUCAGAAGAUUUUAACAAAGCCUAUGAUGAUUAUGUACGACUAACAGUAUACCUCAUUUUUUUACUUAAUACCAGAAAAAUGUAGAUUAGAUUAUAAUAUCUUAUUGC